CCUCUCGACUUAGUGUUCAACACAGCAUACAGCUACAUACUUGGCUUGCUUCCCCACAUCACAACCGCCUCCGAUCCUACAUCAUGUCGACGCUUCCCUCCGAUUUCUUUGAUCAUCCCUUUACAGGUCUGAUCGCUUAUAACUCACCAUCAGACCCCCAACCCCAAGUGGACUGGAAGGAAACUCCCGACGCGCACGUCUUCCUCGUGGAUCUUCCCGGCUUCUCCAAGGAGGACGUGAAGCUACAACUUGUUGAUGGAAGAGCCGUCCUAAUAAGCGGGGAGAGGAAAGAGGAUGCCGAAGCCGUGGAGAAAGGCUGCAAAUGGCACUGCCGAGAGCGGGCGAGUGCCUCCCGUGUCUACCGCCAGUUCCGUCUACCGGACAAUGCUAGAGUUGAAGAGAUCAAGGCAUCGAUGCGGGACGGCGUGCUUACUCUGACCGUGCCCAAAGAUGUGCACAAGAAGAAGCAGCAGCAGCUGAAGCACAAGGCUGUGGAGAUAUCCGGAGACGGCAAUACCCAUCAUCCCCCUAAAGGAUUCGGCCGCUUUGUUUGCUGCAAAGCUUAAAAUCUUAAACUGAGCGCUUAGCAGAAAGCAUGUCUGUGUGUGAUGCCAAUUAUGAGGUUUUGAUCUAUCAUGCAUGCUUUUUUUUCGCGACGAAGGAGUUCUCUGGGGUCGAAUCAAGGAUUAAGAAGGGAAAGAAAAAACAGAGACAACAAUGAAGACGACGUGGAAUGACACACGGCGGGAGAGAGAUAGAGAUGCAUGUUGAAUGACACGUCUAUCUUUUACGGCACAGAAACUUGAGUGAAUACCUAUUGAAAGUUGAUGUUUUUUAUAAGACAAAAAAA